AUGAAGCUCAUGCAGCCCACAAGAGGAAACAUACUUGAUUCCCUACCACAGUUCGCUGGCUCUUCAACGUCGUCCACCAUAAUAAACGUUGGUGAGAAAACCAACAAUAAAAAUGGCGACCCUAUUCCUUCCAUCACAAUUAAUUCGAGUAGUCCUCCGGUUAUUUACUCUUCCGUCAAAGAUUCCGAUUUUCCGGAUCAAAUAAUAAAUGCUCCUCACUUUUCCCAAAGGAUGAACGGCGAUUACGCUCAUCAUGAUGACUUCCACAUGCAACCCUUCUCCAACCCUUUUCCAAAAACCUACACCGACGAUAGCAGCGGAUCGUCGUGCGCGGCUUCUGAAUUUACAGUCGAGCUGACUCACUGCACCGAGGAUGAGGAUAACGUGACCUCGGAUGUUGAGAUCAUCGUCGAUUCCCCAGCUCCGAUAACUCCUCAUGCGGAAUUUCCUUGCGACGCAAAUACUCUUGGAGACACAUGCAAAUCGGAGAUGAACAACGCCAACGAUCCCAUUCACAUAAUCCCUUAUCGGUUUGACUUCAAUCCUUUUCACACCCCAAGUUCAAUCCUCACCGGAAAGACGUCCACUUUCAACUUUUCAUCAGCCACGUUGGCCGCGACCGGUGACAAAAUCUGCGCUCCCAUCACAGGAUCUUCCUUCACACAAAAAUCUGCAAGCAGUCUUUCGGAGAAAGAUAGUACGGGGGAGGGAAGGAGGCCACGACGUAAGCGGACACGCGACGAGUACGUCGCUAAAUUGAAACUUCCAGUAGAUGGUAUUGCCACGCGACUUCGUCGUAACCGCGGUUCGACGGUCACAGGUGCCUCGUCACCACCGAGGACGAACAUUCCGUCUACCAAAGUCCAACCGCAAUCGAUCGUUGUGCCGCAACCUGUGGCCACUCCUGCGCCUAAACCCACUCGUGGUAGAGGGAGACCACCGAGUCAACAAGCGUUAUCCCGUCUUACCGCAAAAGAACGUAAGUUGCAUUCAUACUACGAGGAACGUGCUGCUCCAAUACCUGAGUGCGAACGUCCCCACAUAUCUCCGCCCUUUAUGAAUCUCGUACUUGAUCAUGGUCAAAACGCUGUGGACGCUGAACUUUUUGUGAAAACGGAAAGUGAUGACAUACCAAAGAAGAUAUUACAACAAUCUCUGUCGGCUCAUGAAAAUCCGCAUCCCACGGAAGGUGGGGACACUGUUCAAGUCACGGGUUCCCCGGUGUCCUCCGAAUCUUCUUUCCUCGCGACGAUCGAUAAUAAGAUAAAAGAGGCCCGUGAAAAUCUAGACACAGCCAGAGGUGAAAUACAGCGUGCUAACUUGCUCUACUUUGACUCCAAAAAGAACAGAGGCAAUGAACUUUCUACAAAGUCCAUCCUCACCAUUUGUCCGGGUUCUUCACUUGCAGACGUUGGAAAGAGGACGGCCGGUGUUCAGGUUCCUGUCACCAACGUCUGCGAUGUCAACAUUAAUUACACGUUGUCUGAGGCUCUCGCAGGCUGCAAUAUUCAUCCGAACAAUGAUUCCCGUGAUAAUGUGGGCAGCAACGAUACUAAUGCCUCAAAUGGUGAAAAUCUUUCAGCGAAUUCUUGUAAUCAAGUUGGGGACGACAACGAUCCAUGCAAACAAAUUCAUAAUAAGGAAUCGAACGAUGUUCACAAAGAACUUCACACUGAUAUGAUGAUAUCAAUAGAUAUCGGUAAGAAUGCAACCGCAUCGUGCAAUGAUCCUUCCAGAAAGCCGUCACCGUAUCGCAGGAAACAACUCAUUUGCUCAGAGUGGAGCGCACAACAACGUGCCGGAUUCCUCGCUCAAUACCUUUCUCACGGAAAGAAUUUCAAGUUAAUCUCUGCAAAAGUUAAGAAACCUUUAAAGAAGGUUGUUGAGUAUUACUAUUUGACCAAGCGUGACCCUGAAUUCCGAAAAGCAAAGGUGAUGCGUCGCGAAGCGUUGUACAAAGAUGAAAUGAUUGAGAAGUUGGACAAUUUCAUAAGGAAGCAUCAAAAGGAAGCAGAUCGGAUUCUCGCAAGGAGGAAGCAGUCGACCGAGAGGAGGCGUGGUCGACCACGGAAAGAUAAGAAGAAGGAUGAUGGGAGGGAAGACAAGGAGCAGGGUGAAGACUGA